ACAAAAAACAAAACACACACAUACAAAAACCACACACUUCACAGAGUUUGCCUUUUUACAUAUCAUCUAAAUUUCAUACCUUGUAUAACAAAAGUGAUAUUUUAUGAUUUUUAAAAAUAAAACACGCAGUGCAAAAAUUGCAGUACUGUUCCACCUCAACAAAAUUAUUGCUAGCCUCUCGUAUUUAAUAUUUGGCUCAUAUUACAGCACUUUACACCACGUAUUUUCGCUAUGUUCGUAUCGUUAUUUCUGAUGACGUCAUAUGAGCAUGCAACAUCGAGAUACUCGUAUCUAUGGUAUCUGAUAAAAAUUCAACGGUAUGCAGAAAGCUGUCAUCGAGAACUUGAUAAAAUUGAAAAUUGCAGGACAAAGUAUGGUAAAACAAGUAAAAGAAAACAAGAAAAAAGCGUUUAUUUUACAAAAUUACAUUAUUUAACGUUGUUUCAUAUAUUUUUAGAAAAGGAUAUGUACGUAAAUGAAUAAAGACAGUUGACAAUUUAUCUUUUUUUUUUUCUUGAUAAACUAUCAUUCGGCUGAUAAACUUUUAAAAGUUUCAUGGCUGAACAUAUUUGACAACAUUAUCUGUAUUCUUGUAGUCGUUUCCCUAUCUAUCCUUUCUUUAGUUAAUGACAAUAUUUAGGGGAUGUAAAAUUGACAUGUUGAUAUUCGAUUAAAAAUAAUAAAUAUAGCAAACUUUAUUUUUCCUUUGGAAUACUUUCAACAUUUUAAUAAUGGAGGCGCUCUGGUGUUUGUUGAUUUUUCUUCAUGCGUCAGCAAUUAACGGGCAGAGUUCAUGGAACCCUUCGUCAAUGUUGUCACGUGUCCCUGGUCUCCAUCCUGUUGGCGGAAGUAUGAAUUUGCCACAAUUCCUAGCAGUGCACAGAAGUUACUCCUCCGACUCAACACAACGGUCUGCUUGUCCCCAAGUUAACAAAGACUGUCCAAAACAAUGUCGAAAGGCGGAUAGUAAAAGGUGUCGUAUUUGUGACUGCAGUGAGCUUAAAGGUGAAUUCGAUUCUUGCCUAAAGCCCCCAACUUCAUGUCCGAAGUCAUGUAGAAAACUGGACGACAAAGGAUGCAAAAUUUGUUCAUGCAAGAAUGAACAAUCAGCUUCUAUGUCUCUUUCAUCACUCUCUGGGUCAUCGUUUAAGAAAUGUUCUGCUAUGCUCAUGUGUAUGUUAUCAUGUAAGCAAGGCUAUACUCUCGGAUCCGUUACCAACGAACACGGUUGUCAAACCUGCACAUGUACGGAUAAUCGAGGAAAUCAUGACAGUCAGGGUAAUAAUGGAAAUGGCUUCAAUACAGCAGGUAAUAGUAAUACAAAUUCUGAACAAUCAUGGACUUUUGACAGCAUAUCUGGCAAUACAGAAAAUGGCAACUCUUGGAAAAAAGAAACCGAAAACACGUGGUCACAUAGUGUUUCUGAUGGAAAUGCUAACAAAGGCACAUGGGAAAGUGGGUCGAAAGAAAACAAUAGUGAUGACAAAAAAGAUGUAUGGAGUGCAAAGGAUGGUGUUGGGGAAUCUUCUUCAAGUUGUUCUGGACCACUUUGUCCAGGAAAUUCAGGUGGUAUGAACCCAAUGUUUCCAGGGGCCAUCUCAGGUGGUGGGAGUAGUUCUAUGAACAGCGGUGGAUGUCAAGGUCCGUUUUGUGCUGGCCAAGGAGGAAUGGGUCUUAUGGGAGCAGGAAUGGGUGGAGCAGGAGGGAGUGGCUCGAGUGGAUGUUCAGGCCCCUUCUGUACAAUGAGUAGCUCUGCUAGUGGUAUGGGCGGUGCAUCUGGAGGAGGAAUGGGAGGUAUUGCCGGUGGUAUGGGUGGGGCAUCUGGAGGGGGCAUGGGAGGACCCGGUGGUGUUGGAGCGUUCAGUCCAUUUGGUUUAGCAGCUGGCAGUAAGACUGGGGCUAGAGGUGAAAGUUCAGGAUGUAGCGGUCCGUUUUGUACCAUGUCGACCGGAAAUAGCGUAGGUGGUGCAUCUGCGGUGGCAGAUAUGACGUCAUCGGCGGCUGACGAAAGUUUUAAUGAUGGUCAAUAUUCUAUUUGUACUGGGCCGUCAUGCACUGCUAAAAACGGAGACGCCUUCUGAUUUACAUGGACAGUAAUUGCCAGUUUUCUUAAUCAAUUUAAUAUUUGAUAUUGAUGCUUAAGAGAUUAUAAAGUGUUUAAUAUGGUAAUGAAUUCAAUGACUUUUAUAACUCUAUGUAUUGACAUUCUUAUCACAUAUUGCUGCUAGACUUUUAUUGUAAAUCAACAAUAAUAAACAGUAA